GCAGCCAUGUGUGGCGGGAACCAGCCAGGCCAUGGCGGAGGUCCCCGGAGCUCAACGCUCGGUUCUCGCUGGUGGCCCAGAACCCCGGGAUCCCCUGGAUUGCUGGGCCUGUGCAGUACUAGUAACGGCUCAGAAUCUACUGGUGGCUGUCUUCAAUCUUCUCUUGUUGGCACUAGUCCUGGGGACCAUCUUGCUACCCGCUGUCACCAUGUUGGGCUUUGGCUUUCUCUGCCACUCCCAGUUCCUGCGCUCCCAGGCACCUCCUUGCACCGCCCAUCUGCGGGACCCAGGCUUCACGGCCCUGUUGGUUAUUGGAUUCCUGCUGCUGGUGCCGCUACUUGUGCUUGCCUUGGCUACCUACCGCCGUCUCUGCCUGCGUCUCCGCCUGGCCGACUGCCUAGUACCCUACAGCCGAGCCCUCUACAGGCGCCGGCGCAUCCCGCAGCCAAAGCAAAUCCCGGCCUCACCAGGGUCCCGGGCUGUUCCCACACCAGGAAAGGUCUGGGUCUGAGGUGCAUUGAAUCAAGAAUUCUGUCAUUGUUGUGGUCAUACAAGGACUUGAAGCAAGCCCAGGGGUAUUCCUUCUGCCCUGUGUUGAUCCUUAACCCUGCCCGAGUCAGGGUCCUGGCAUCCCUUUAAAGGAACAGCAUCGCCCGUGGACCCAGUGCUGACGAAAAUGCCCUAGGAAAUCUCACUUGAGCCCUGGACGUUCGGGCUGGACCCUGCACACCUUAGAAAACUGGACUUUGUGCCGUCCUUUAUUGGUGCAUCUCCUCUAAU